AUGGCGAUAAAGUUUGAAAAUGCGAAGAGCGAGGACGAAGAAGAGGAAGAUCAAGCAGCGAGACGAGCAUCACAACAGAAGAAACGAAAUUCGAUUGCUUUCAAACGAACUAGUGUCCAGUUCCCUUCCCAUCAUUCUGAAUCUGAAGACACGGAAAGCGACGAUCCAAUUGGAUCGAAGAACAAAUGGCUCAUUAAAGGCCUUCAGGCUUCGUUAGUGGUACUUAUGUUGUGCGCUGUGAUUGGUACUUGCUACUAUGCUAUUAGUAAUAGUAGGUUUUUUAGUAGGGUAGGGUAGGGUAGAGUAGGGUAGAGUAGGGUAGGGUAGGAAAAGAAGGACAGAGUAUUUUGCUUUUUUCAAAAUAUUUUUUAGGUAACGACACAGGCAGGUCACGACACCGCUUUAAUAGUUCGAAUCCAUACACUCCCGACUUUACACAGUUCUCUGAAGACGGCACAGUAGUGAUGUCAUAUCAUGGUGAAAUUGAAAAUGUAGGUAGAAAGGGUAGGGCAGGGAAAUUUUGGGUAGGGUAGAAUAAAUAUUGGUAGGGUAGGGGUGGCAGAUUAGGCUAGGGUAAGGUAGGGUAGAAAACCGUAGGUUAGGGUGUUUGAGAUUUGGUGGGGUAGGGCAAGGAACGGUACACGAAUUCUCUGUUUUUUAUGUUUUAGACAAUAGAUACCUAUCCCUCAUUCUGGUACCAAAGCAAACAAAAUAGGACCCUUCAGAUGAAACUCAACAAAGAUACGAUAGCAUAUGUAAACGAUACUACUUUAUAUUUGGCUACAAUCGAUGAAUAUGAAAAAGUUGUAGUAAGUUUUGAUCUGAUAAUGAUAAAAAAUUUAAUUUUAAAAAUUUAAUUUUUUUAAAUUUUUUUUGCAAAGGGACAUGUUAUACGAAGAAAGGUGGUUUUGAAGGUGUACCGUGCAGUUUCUAGACGUCAUAACUUUUUAUUGUCACAAUUUUUCGAAAUUUGUUUUGAUACGUUUCAUUAAGAAUAAAAAGUUGUACAAGUUCUCAAAGUGUCAUAUUCUUACCUUAUCUUAGGACUGAGGUAUAAGUAAUUUAAAAUUUCAAUAAAAUUUUUAAAAUUUGUUUUAAAUUUUUUGAUUAUAAGAUUAUAAGCUAUAAUAAUAUAAGUUUUAGGCCUGUAAAAGCUUCAAUAUAAGUUACCACGGGUUUUUGAAGCAAUUAAGUUUGGUCGAUUUAUACGACCGCCAUUCGGAGGUGGAGCGGUACCAAGGAGGACAAGAAGUAUAUGUGUUCGAAGGAGCUGGUACCAAUUGCACUUUUUUGAACAAAAACCCGUUUUUGGUUCAGGUAAGAUGAAUUUGGCUUAACAUCUACUAUACUUCACCCUACCCAACCUUACUUUAUUCUACCCUACCUUACUCUAUCUUACCGUACUCUUUUCUACCCUACCCUACAUUGUCCUAGUUUACCCUACCCUACCAUCUCUUACCUUUUCAUACCCUACCUUACCUUAAUUUACCGUACUCUAUCUUACCUUACUCUACCCUUUUCUACCCUGCCCUACCCUACGCUACCCUACCGUACUCUAUCUUAUCUUACCCUACCCUUUUCUACCCUGACCUGCAAUAUAAAAAAAGUGUAUUUAUAGGCGUUUGGCAGUGCAGAAGAUGGUCGAUUAACCGAAAUCCAUUCUCAUUAUACACCAGAAAGGAAUGACAAUUUAGCGGCAAUAACUUAUUCGUAUCAUAACAUGAAAAUGGGCACGCCUGAAGCCAAUCCGUUCAUGGAUAUACCCUCGAUUUGCUUGGAAAAUCAAUAA